AUGCAAGCAGCAAUUGAAAAGUUACUCUCACAAGGAAUUACAAAGGUUGAAGUCGUCGACAAAAACGGUUCAUCACUUACAAAGUCUGAAGGUUUCGGAGGUUUACCUCAAUCUGAAAUCAAAACUAUUGUCAAUGAUUUAGAAGAUCCAUCAAAGGCAUCUGCCGUUAUUUUCCUUGGCCGAGAAUUGAUUGAUUGA